AUGCGAUUUUACAACAACGAGAAGACGGAAACCGUCUCCGACUACCCUCCAGAAGAUGGCUACGCCGGCGAUGCAUACUCGCCCAACGGCGACAGCGACAGCGAGGUCGUGCAAUGUCCGCCGCACACCACAGAGCGGAAACUGCUCAUGCGCAUAGAUCUGCAUGUUAUCCCAUUCUUGUGCAUCAUGUAUCUGUUGGCCUUCCUCGACCGUAUAAACAUCGGAAACGCAAAUGUCUUUGGCUUGAGCGAGGAGCUCGGCCUUGAGGAGGGCAACAAGUAG